AUGGCAUUCCGGCGCACGGAGGGCAUGUCUAUGAUCCAGGCUCUGGCCAUGACGGUGGCAGAGAUUCCCGUGUUCCUGUACACCACCUUCGGGCAGUCUGCGUUCUCGCAGCUACGCCUGACACCAGGCCUGCGGAAAGUCCUCUUUGCCACGGCCCUGGGCACUGUAGCCCUGGCCCUGGCUGCCCACCAGCUGAAGAGGCGCCGGCGGAGAAGGAAGCAGGCAGGGCCUGAGGUGGGAGGUGAGCAGCUGGGCACGGUGCCCCUGCCCUUCGUCCUUGCCCGGAAAGUGCCAUCGGUGAAGAAAGGCUACUCCAGCCGGAGGGUGCAGAGCCCCAGCAGCAAGAGCAAUGACACCCUCAGCGGCAUCUCUUCCAUUGAGCCCAGCAAGCGCUCAGGCUCCUCCCACAGCCUGGCCUCGAUGAUGGCAGUGAACUCAUCCAGCCCCACGGCUGCAUGCUCUGGACCAUGGGAAACCCGAGGGAUGGAGGAGUCCAUGCCCGCCACUGACGGCAGUGCUGAGAGCCUCUACGUGCAAGGCAUGGAGCUGUUCGAGGAGGCGCUGCAGAAGUGGGAGCAGGCGCUGAGUGUGGGCCAGCGCGGGGACAACGGCAGCACCCCCACGCCUGCAGACAGCCUGCGGCACCCGGAGACGGCCUCUGAGGCCCUGUCAGAGCCAGAGUCGCAGCGGCGGGAGUUUGCGGAGAAGCUGGAGCUGCUGUUGCACCGCGCCUACCACCUGCAGGAGGAGUUCGGGUCCACCUUCCCCGCCGACAGCAUGCUGCUCGACCUGGAGAGGACGCUCAUGCUGCCCCUGACCGAGGGCUCACUGCGCCUGCGGGCUGAUGAUGAGGACAGCCUGGCCUCUGAGGACUCCUUCUUCUCAGCUGCUGAGCUCUUCGAGUCCCUGCAGGCUGGAGAUUACCUGGUGCCACUGUCCAGACCUGCUGCUGCCUACGAGGAGGCCCUGCAGCUGGCAAAGGAGGGCAAGGUGGCCUGCCGGACCCUGCGGACCGAGCUGCUCAGCUGCUACAGUGACCAGGACUUCCUGGCCAAGCUGCACUGCAUUCGGCAGGCCUUCCAGGAGCUUCUGGAAGACCCUGGGAACCAGCUUUUCUUCGGGGAGGUCGGCCGGCAGAUGGUGAUGGGGCUGAUGGCCAAGGCCGAGAAGAGCCCCAAGGGCUUCCUAGAGAGCUACGAGGAGAUGCUGAGCUAUGCCCUGCGGCCAGAGACCUGGGCCACCACGCGGCUAGAGCUGGAGGGUCGCGGGGUGGUGUGCAUGGGCUUCUUCGACAUUGUGCUCGACUUCAUCCUCAUGGAUGCCUUUGAGGACCUGGAGAACCCACCAUCCUCGGUGCUCGCCGUGCUGCGGAACCGCUGGCUGUCUGACAGCUUCAAGGAGACGGCCCUGGCCACUGCCUGCUGGUCGGUCCUGAAAGCCAAGAGGCGGCUCCUGAUGGUGCCUGAUGGCUUCAUCUCCCACUUCUACUCCGUAUCGGAGCACGUGAGCCCUGUCCUUGCCUUUGGCUUCCUUGGCCCCAAGCCCCAGCUUGCGGAAGUCUGUGCUUUCUUCAAGCACCAGAUCGUGCAGUACCUGCGGGACAUGUUCGACCUGGACAACGUGCGCUACACCUCAGUGUCCGCACUGGCUGACGACAUCCUGCAGCUGUCACGGCGCCGCAGCGAGAUCCUGCUGGGCUACUUGGGGGCGCCCGUGGCCAGCAGCGUCAGCCUGAAUGGGGCACUGCCCCGAGGGAAUGGGUCCCUGGGGGAGCUGCAGUAGCUGCUGGAAGGGACCUUGGCUGCCCAGGUCACACCCACACUGGUGACAGCAGAGGAGCUGUGCCCCCUUUGGGUGGCACCCAAGCGCCAUGGCGGCCGAGGGCAGUGGUCCCUGAGCUCGCCCACCCUGCUGCUGGGCACCCCCGAGGCUCAGAGGGCAGCAUUCCUUAGAGAGGGUGGGGCCAGAGUCUGGAGCCUUUGGUGGACCCUGGGGACAGCAGGGGAGGAAGGUCUCGAGGAAGAGGGGCAUUGAGGACAGUUGGGACCAGAAAAGCCAGAUGCCAGAAGGUGGUGAGGAGCGGGUGGCAGGGCUCUGGGGUGCAGCAGAGGUCACAGUGUACCGAGCCCAAGCACCUGACAGCUGUGUAUCUGAGUCCGAGUGUCUAUGUGGCCCACCCUGUUGUCUCCCUAGUCUUCAGCUAGCCGGGGGGGGGGGGACAGGGCAGGUGGCCAGCUUGGGUCCUCGGGGGUAGGCAGAGGUGGAUCUGUACCCCAAGAACCACCCUAUAACCUGCCCUCGUUUCCCGCCCCUGCCAAAGAUGUCAUCCCACCCCCCAGGAGUCUUCUCCACCACCCUUUCUGUGAACCUGGAAGUUCCUGGGUGGUGCUGAGCUCGAAGCUGGGGGCUGGGACCAGGGUCCCCACUGCUGUCACCCGUGAUGCGACUGCUGCCAUCAGCUGCCCAGGAGUGAGGGUCCCAGGGACCACGGCAGGGGAGGCCAGGAUGUUCAGAUGGACCAGCUCCCUCGCGAGGACCAGAAGCUGCCCGGCACUUAGCAGGGACACACAAGACGCGCGGACCUGCUCCGGGAGGCGCAUGGCCCGGGGCUCGGCCACCCGCAGCGCACGGCAAGGGCAGCGUGGGUCAGUGUGGCUGCAGGGACUCUGCCAGUGCUCUCUCGCCCAAGCCGCAAGUUUUAUUUAUUGCCUUAACACUUUACUCGGAGGUUCUGCUCCUUCUGGGUUUCAGGACGCUGCAAGACUGAGACUCCUGACCGUCUGGGGUCGGCACCCAAGCUCCAGGGCCUGGGGUGGGAAGGGCUGGGAGGAGCUGCAGAGGGAGAGGGCGCCAGAAGGAGCGUGGUCUUCACCCCAAGGCCCCAGGAGCUGAGCCUGCCUCCUCCUCCCUGGCUGCACCCACAUUCCGUUCCUUUGCACUUAGCGCUAUGAAUGUGGCCCGCUUGGUUGCCCCCUUCGCUGUUGCUGUAGCCGGAAGCCAGAAGCGGCAUUUGUGUUCGCCUUUGUUUACACUUCCACGCGCCGCUGCUCACGCUCAAGGCUUCCACCCGUUUGUUCGUUGGCAGAGCGCUGGCAUCAACCUGAGUCAAAUAAAAGGUCGGACCCAGA